AUGGCUCGAAAACCAAAUUUUUCCAGUCUGGAAAUCGAGACUUUGAUAGAAGAAUUUCAGAAUCAUAAAGAAGUGCUUAAUUCUUCGUUUAACAACACUUCUACAAACGCAUCAAAACAAAGAGCAUGGGCCAGUGUGGCAUCAAAGGUAAGCUCGGUAAGUGGAGUGAUGCGAACGGCCGAAGAUGUUAAGAAAAAAUGGAGGAAUGUUUCCAGCGACUCAAAGAAAAGGUUAUCGUAUGCGAGGAAGGAGGCUACCAAAACAGGAGGAGGGCCAUCUUCAGCAGUGGAACUGAGUGCGACAGACGUAAGAGUAUUGGAGACAAUGGGACAGACAGCAACAGAAGGAAUUCCUGGGGGAAUAGAUACAGCUGGCCCAUCUUCCUCCAAUACAAGUCUUCAGGAAACUUUCGUUGCUGAUAGGUGA